AUGGCGACUCCCUAUUUCCCUCCACCACCAGGUCAAGAAUCUCAAUUCCCUCCCCCUCAGAGAGCCGCAACGUUCCAGUCGCACCCCCACAGAGUCUCAGAUGUCUCUGCGCCUGACUUCGAUUUCCCUGCGCCGCAGAGGCAACAGACAGCGCCGACAGUGACACCGCCGCCGACUGAUAUUAACUCCGCAGCGUUUGCUGCAAAUGGAUAUAACACCAGUCCAUUUGGGCCAACCCCAGUGCAACCUCCCCAACCUUCCCCGCCGCCGUCGCUUCCAGUAGCCGUACAAUCCCCGUCCGCUCAGAUCCUACCCGCUACUAAUCAAGAUGAUGUCGGCACGUUCAACGGCGGGAGUUACAGAAUCAGUCACCGGGACAGUAAUUCGAUCCUUACCAUGCAGCUAGCGAUGGGAUGUCCAAUAGAAGCGAAGCCAGGCGUGAUGGUUGCAAUGUCGGGAAAGAUCUCGCUCCGGGGAAGUAUGAAGUGGAGCAUGAUGAAAAUGCUCGCAGGUUCAAUGACCUUCUCCACAUAUACUGGUCCUGGUGAGAUCUUACUCGCUCCGCCAACAUUGGGAGAUAUCAUUGUCCUGCGCCUCAAUGGCACGGAAACAUGGAAAGUUGGCAAAGACGGAUUCCUAGCCGCGACCAGUGGAAUCGUGAAGGAUUACAAGGCCCAGGGAUUGACGAAGGCCGUUUUCUCGGGAGAGGGGUUCAUCAUCUACCAUAUGUCUGGGACCGGUCUUCUAUGGCUUCAAAGCUUUGGCGCCAUUAUCAGGAAAGAUAUCCCUGAAGGCGAAUCAUACCUGGUCGACAACGGCUAUCUCGUCGCCUGGAAUUGCAAGUACACUAUGACGCGGGCUGCCGGGGGAGGCAUGUUCUCGACUUAUAGCUCCGCUGAAGGACUUGCCUGUAAAUUCGACGGCCCUGGGACGGUGUACUUGCAGACGAGAAAUGCCGCUGCCUUUGCGGCUCAUCUCAGUACCAAGUAG